AUGGGUGUAACUAAUUUCGCUGAUUUAUGUUCGAAAACACCGUUACCUCUAUGUUCAGUUGUCAAAUCGACUAGACAUUUUGUGCUCUCAAACUCAACUUUUAUAGAUGAUUUUGCUCCACAAAAUCUAAAUAUUGGUAUAUUACCAAAAUGUUACUCGAGAUCUGUCGAACUAGCAAAUACAAUGAUCUUUAAUAUAGGUAAUGCAUUCAUCAAUAUUGGUGGUUUAGUAGUGAUACUGAUUAUUCUUUUCAACAUGAGACAAAAAUAUACUGCAAUUGGUAGAUUAGAAUAUAUUUAUUUUUACCAACUAGUUAUUGCUUACUUAGUGUUUACAUUAGUAGUGAAUUGUGGAGUUUCACCACCAGGAUCAAACGUAUAUCCAUAUAUAGUUGCUAUACAAUUAGGGUUUGCCGGAUCAUGUUGCUGGACACUUAUGAUAAAUGGACUAUUGGCUUUUAAUCUAUGGGAGGAUGGUACAACAAAGUCGAUGUUAAUAGUACGAGGAUUCUCAUUUGUAGGGUUUAUAUCUAACUUUUUGGCCUCGGUGUUAACUUUCAGAGCUUGGAUAGAUAAUAGACAUAUUCCUUCAAUAAAUACAACAGGGUUAUUCGUCGUGGUUUACAUCAUUAACGCCAUUUUGUUGUUUAUGUAUGUCCUCUGUCAAUUGAUGGUUUCAUUCUUUAUUGUCAGUAACUUAUGGGUGACAGGAGCUAUCGUUUUAGGCGUGGCAUUCUUUAUAUGCGGCCAAGUGUUGGUUUACGCAUUCUCAGUUCAAAUAUGCGAAGGUUGCAAACAUUAUAUAGAUGGUCUAUUUUUUGGCAGUAUCUGUAAUAUUUUCACAUUAAUGAUGGUCUAUAAAAUAUGGGAUAUGACCACUGAUGAUGAUUUAGAAUUUAGCAUAAACAUAAAAUCAUAA